UUGACAAUCCUAUAAACAAAAGUCAUGUGACCGGAAGUUAAUGUAAAGCUACAAUGGUUGCUAAUUUAAGGAAGUUCUAAUCAUAAUGAUUUUAAGGAUAUUAGAUCACACUUUAUCACCUGCUUCUUUUGAUUGAAACCGUUUCAUUACAUGCAUAUAGAUAGAUUUAAUUGUACAUGUUAUAUCUAGAGUGUAGGUCUCUACAAUUUUGAUACUGAUAGUCUUUGAAAAUGAAUCUUGAUUAAAUAUCUAGAUUAUUCUAGAUCUAGAAUCUAGAACUCAGUCUCAGUCAGUGAAACUCAGUCAAAUUCAGUGUCUGUCACAGUCUGAGACUGUCAGGUAUUGACUCAGAGUCUGACUGAGACUCGUUUGAGUUUGAGCACUUGAGUUGAGGUGCAACAGUGAAAAAAAAAUUGGGACACCAUGUCUGUUAAUGGCUUCUGUUAAUUACUAUAUAGCCUUUUCCUAAGUAAAUGGCACUACUUAUGUGCUAAGCAGUAUCAGACAUACCAAUGUGUGUAAUAUAGAUGGCUCACGUGACCAAGAUGACAUUGUACUGGUUUUCCAUUUACUUUAUGUUGUGUAACUUCCCCACUUAUGGUCUCACUUAUUCAACUGUAUAUGAAAUAGUUGGUCACUCGAUUGCCUUGAAGUGUCCAGAGCUUGAUCAAGAUUCUGUUGUUUCUACUGCAAUGUGGAGUAAAGACACAGAACUUGUAGCAAUAAAAGCAGCAAAUGAUAAGUGGAUAAUUCCUCUUAACAAUUCUAGAGCUAAAAUAGAGGAGAAUAAUGCACAAUCAAUACAACUAGUGAUCGAAAACUUAGAGAUGAAAGACACAGCCAUUUAUAAAUGUGAACUAUUUUAUGCUGAUCAAACAGGUUCCAACAAAAACAAUGUAACUAGUACUACAAAGCUUAUUGUCCAAGAUAAACCAGAGAAACCUGGGCAGCCUAUCAUUAAGGAAAUUGGAUCUCGUAAUGUAACAGCCUGGUGGAGUGCUAGUGGCAAUGACAUGAACAGUGCCAUUAUUUCCUAUAAACUUUAUAUAAAACAUUGCACUGACACAGAACAAGUGAAAUCAUGGGAAGUUGGUCCUGACAUUUUUGAAAAGACUGCUUUGGACUUGUCCCCAUAUACCUGUUAUAAAGCCUUUGUUGUAGCUGAGAAUGCUGUAGGUCCAAGUGAUCCAAGUCUUGAAAGCGAUGAGUUUGUUACAUUAGAGGAAGACAGUGUUGAUUAUCAAUUAGUUAUGGACUAUAAAUCAUGUAAACCCUGUGCCAAAAAAUUAUUUAAAAGAGCUCCAUCUGAAGCUCCUUAUAACCUGCAUUCUGCAAAUCAGACAAGCACAGAAAUAUAUUUGGCAUGGGAAGCUCCACCAUCUGGCACAUUGAAUGGGGUGCUGACCGGGUAUCUCAUCAAGUAUGGACUGAAUAAAAAUAAUUUGACAUCUGUGAACAUCACUGACCCUCUAGCUACAAGCUAUGUACUGAAAAAUUUAAAACCUAACUCUAUGUACACUGUCUCCAUAAUGGCACAGAAUAGUAGAGGCACCAGUCCAGAGGUUGAUACCUCUAUACAAACUAAGCCUGGGCCACCUUCUAAGCCUCGUAUCACACAUAUCAACAACAAUUCAGAAAAAUCAUUUAAUGUCAACUGGGAGCCACCAAGAGAAAUCAAUGGUAAAUUAGAAAGAUACAAUUUGGAAUGGACACAUACAACUACAAAUGAGAAAAGAAGUAGAUAUAUUACAGGACAUAUAAUGUAUGAUUCAAUGUCAGCUUUAGUUCAAGAUUUGGAACCAUAUACAAAAUAUAAUUUGAGGGUGGCAGCAGUGUCUGAUGGAGGUGAAGGAGAAUUCAGUGAUGAGUUUCCUGCCUUCACUGACGUAGCGGCCCCCAGUUCACCACUGAACUUCAAUAUGACAGCUCUUGGAUCCAGCAGCUUGUAUUUAUCUUGGUCUCCUCCUGCGAAAUUUUACAAAUCUAUUGAUGGUUACAUAAUUAAAGGCUGGGACCACCGUGGUAAAAUUAUUGAAGAUGUUAUAGAUCUUACCAAAACGAAAGACAUAAGUGGGAAUGGAGCAAGUUACACUCAACACACUCUAAGAAACCUGGCAACAAAUGCAAGAUACAAUUUACGUAUAGCAGCAGUUACUGGCUCAAUAUUUUCCAAGGUGAAUUACACUGGGGACUUCACAGAGGCAAAGUCAGUCACACUCGGCACCUAUAAUGAUGUAGGGAGCGCAGUUAUAAGGGAUUAUAGCAAGGCCAAUGAAGCUAUUGAUGCAGCAGAAGGCAGUUUUCAUCCAGGCUUCAUCGUAGCCAUAGUUUUAGGUGUACUCAUACUUGUCACUCUUGCUGCAUUGCUUGUAGGAUACAGGUUCUACAACUGUCGACGUUUAUAUCAAGCUGCAUAUUUAUACCUGGCAGUGCCUAGCAACAGUCAGCCUACAGCACAGACUAUAAUAACUGUGGAAGAACAUAGUGAAGAGAAACAGUAUCCAGAUAUAGGAGUUGCUGACUUUAUCUCACAUGUGGAACAUAUGCACAUGGACAGUGACAUUGGCUUUUCCCAAGAGUUUGAUGAGAUCAACCGAACAUCUUAUAGUGACAAGUAUCCAUGUGAGAGUUCCAAUAUCAAUGACAAUAGAAGUAAAAAUAGAUACAUCAACAUUGUGGCCUAUGACCAUUCCCGAGUUGUUCUAAAGACAGAGCUGAGUCGGAUCCGCCAGUCGGAUUAUAUCAAUGCUAAUUAUGUAGAUGGAUAUAAAAAACAUAAAGCUUACAUAGCUACUCAAGGCCCACUGCCUCAGACUUUUCCAGAUUUCUGGCGCAUGAUCUGGGAACAGAAUUCAAGUGUCAUUGUCAUGAUAACCAAUUUAAUGGAAAAAGGAAGGAGAAAAUGUGAUCAGUACUGGCCUAAUGAUGGGGCUGAAACCUACGGCCACUUACAUGUGAAGCUGGUAAAUACCAUUCCUCGAGCUCAUUACACAGUUAGGAUAUUCACUCUCAAGAAUCUGAAGGUAAAAAAGCGUCAUUCUAUGAAAGGUGGCCAGGAGAGAACAGUGUUUCACUUCCACUAUACAGAGUGGCCAGACCAUGGGGUACCUGACUACUCACUACCAGUCUUGACUUUUGUACAGAAGUCUGCUGCUCAACGAGGACCUGACCACGGUCCAAUUGUGGUUCAUUGCAGUGCUGGAGUUGGCCGUACAGGUACUUAUAUUUUGAUAGACAGUAUGAUCGCUCAGAUUGAGGACAGGAAAAGUAUUAAUAUUCCUGGUUUCACACAACUAAUUCGUAGACAGAGAAACUUUUUAGUACAAACUGAGGACCAAUAUAUAUUUAUUCAUGAGCUGUUGGUUGAAUAUCUUUUGGGUAAUGGCAGCACAGAAGUGAAAGAGGAAGCACUCUCAGAUUAUCUUAUUCUAUUGGAUCAACCAGUCUCAAAUCAAGUAUUACCUGCCAUCACAAGUAGUACAUUACUAGAUAGACAGUAUCAGCUGAUCACAGACUACACCCCCAAUGAAUUGGACCAAUCUGCUGCCUUAAAGCCAGUCAACUUGGGAAAGAACCGAGUUGGAAGCUUACUUCCUGUCAACUUGAAGAGAGUUUUGUUGUCAGCUCGUCCAGGUGUGGAAGGUUCUGAUUAUAUCAAUGCUACAUACUUACAAGGUUAUAAAAAGUCUUCAGAGUUCAUUGUGACCCAGCAUCCUACAGAUGAUACAACUGAAGAUUUUUGGAGGAUGGUUUGGGAUAAAAAUAGUCCUGUUAUUGUUGUAAUCUCACCAAUUGAUGAAAUAGAAUACAAAGAGUUUUGGCCCUCUAAAGGCAGCAGUAUUGAAAUAGAUUCUGGAAAUUUUCGCUUAGCUAUGAAAGAUGAACCUAUUGUUGAUGAAGAACAAGGUUUUGUGACUACUGAAUUUAUUUUGGAUUCCAUUCAGUACGACUACACACUGCUGACCAGAAUCAUUCUUGUCAAAAACUGGCCUCAAGGCUACACAACAGAUCUGCACAAAAUUUUUAAUGUCAUUUCUGCUGCUCAGAGUUAUGUCAACUCCCUAGAAUGUGGGCCACUUGUUGUAGUUGACAGGUUUGGCUCAGUUGAAGCAGGAACUUUUUGUGCUCUGUGGACUCUGAGAGAUCAAAUAAUAUCUGAGAAAUGUGCUGAUUUCUAUCAAGUCUGUAAGCUGUACCAUUUUAAAAGACCGGGAAUUAUUGGAACAAAGGAGAAUUACCUUUUCCUUCACCAAGUUCUUGCUGCAUACUGUCAACAUUUUCAAGAUGAUCCAGUCCCUAACAGUUCAUCUCCUCGACAUCAUCACAUUUCAUUGCAUCAUGGCUCUACUAGAAGUAAAAAUGGAACACUUCCCCGUGCCAAUGCAAACAAUGGCAACAAUGUCCAUAACAGCAACACCCUGCCUCGCUCGAGUGCUCAGAUGGGAAGGAGCUACAGUGGGGACAGUAUGAGUGGCCCAAUUAUUGACUCUCCUAAACUUGAAACUAAUAUCUGAAGCAGUUCUAAACGAUUAGUGAGUUCACAGCUAAAAACGUCUGAUCCUAGAAAUGUAAGCUGUUUAUACAUUUGAUGAUGACUGCAUCACAAGCUGGGAGUUUGAUCACAAGUAGUUUUUCAAGCUUUAUGAACAGUUUGGUACUUGACAUUGACAUUAUUUCUGAUACAGAGGAUCUGAUAGCAUUCAGGAUUUCAAACAUGUGAUUAUAGUGAGCAUGAACUGUAAAAAAGAGCUUUAAAGAGAUCAUAUCUUUGGUUUGAACUUUGUACCCUUAUCUGCUGUUUCCAUCACUUGAAGUAUCAUUCUAAACAUAUGUGAAAAAUUUCCUUAUGGAUAAAAAGAAAGAACUCCUACAACAAGGAAAAAAAUGUUAGAUGAUUUAUUUCAUUGUUGUGAAAUUUACUAGAAUUUCUCUCUAUGAUCAAUCAUUGUUUUAAAAGUGAGAAAGUGAAAUGAAUGAUUGCUUCUUACGGAGGCUGUGAUUUUUUUUUUUUUUUAUCCUAUAGGAAAUUAGUUUUUAACUUAGUGACAAAAGAAUAAUGCCAUAUAUAAACUUGAAAAGUGUUUGUUGAAGUCAAAAUUUUGACAAUAAUCCACUUUUAUCACUAAAAUUAUGCAAAUUGUGUCAUUGAAAGGAAAAAUUUAAUAUGUUUGAUGAUUUUUAAAUGUUAAUUUGUGGUAAGAAUAUUUUUUUGAGAUUUGGGAAAUUGUGCAAUAUAUUCUUUUGUCAAAACUUGAAACAUAGCUUUUUUUCUUUCAUUAUGAGUGCUCAAUUUUUGAGACUAACACAACUAGAAACAAAAAUAAUAAUUGAAAUCUCUUUUUUUUUUAAUCUUUUAAAAAAAAUAUUAGAUCUUGUACAGACGCUGUAUGCUACUUUUAGUGUGAAAUUUAAAUGUUACUAGCAACCCAAGCAUGUUCCUUCCAUUUUGAUUUCAUUCUAAAGAAGUGUUUUCUAAUUAUUCAUGUUGCAAACUUUUUUUUUAACUUGUCAUACAAUUACAGUGACUCCCCACCCUAAAGCAUUUGUCAAUACUUUUAAAUAAAUGCACGGAAAAUCUUAGCGAUCAUACAUGUUGUCAAAUAUUUUGAGUUGGGAAUCACUGCACAAUAUUGUUUAAAAUCUCAAGCAUUAUGGCAGUUUAUUAUUAGCAUAUCAUAGAUAUUGUGUAGACAUUGUCAGGUCUUCUUUUAACAAAAAUAUUGACUAGACUUCAGCAUUACAAGGUGUUAUUUGACUCAAUAUUGAAUGCAGUACCAUAAUAUAAGCUAACAACAUUUAAAUUUUUUUAAAAAUUAACUUUUGUCAGAAAUACUAUUUAAAAGAUUCAGUCCAUCAUUUAAUCAGUCAAAAUAUUUUAGGCUUAUUUAAAAUUCUUUGUCUAAGAAUGUUAUCUCAGACUAUUAGAAAGGCUAAAAUAAUAAUGUUUAUUUUCAGAAGCAAAAAAAAAAAUUGUGUAUGUGCAUUUUCUCAAAAUAUUCCAUUGAAUUCUGUUGAGUUUGAACUAGAGAAACAAUUUACAAGUAACAAGCAACUUUAAACUAUGUUGUUACAUUGGUGUAGUUUUUGUGUCUUUUGUUUAAUUUUCUCAUGAUAUUUACAAAAUCAUUUUACUUUCAAUAUACAUGAUGGUAUUUAAAUAUUUUUCACUCUUUUGUAUGUAUGUAAAUAUAUUAAGAUGAUGCUCAUAAUUACCUUCAUAAGAAUGUUGUUUUGAAAGUAUUUUCAACAAAUUGAUUUGGGCAUAUGCAAAUUGCAGUUAGUUUCAGUGUCUAGACUUAUUAGAUCUACACAGUCAUGGGGAAAACUUUUUUUAAUCACUUUUGUAAAUUAAACAAAACAAAUAACAUUUAAGUAAUUGUAUAUCUGCAUUGAUGAAGCCUUACUGUUAACGAAAAAAAUGUAAAUAUUUUUUUUUACAACUAGAACAAUUUACUGCUUCUGUGUAUUCAAAAGUACUCACAAUACUAAAAGGAAAAUGAUAAUGAAGAUGUCCAAAUAUUUUGAGUGCAGCUGUUUAUAGAUAGUUUUAAUUUUUUAUUAUGACAAGUCUAGCAACUUCAUCUUUGACCCUUCAUAUUUUGUAGUGUAGAUACAUGUACUGUAGUGUGUCAUAUCAGGCUGCACAAAUCUGAUCAUGGGACCAGAUUUAGUGUUGACCUUUCAGGUUGUUAUUUUUUUUAGUUAUGUUUUUUGUUUUUGGUUUAUAGUUUUUAUAAAUCAAACAUAUAAAGAAUUUAGUUGAACCUAUUGAGCAACAUAUAUAUAUGUAUGUAUGUUUCAUUACAUUUUUUUUACAAAGUUGUUAAUGGCAAAGUUGUUUUUUUCUAAGUAUUGUAUUGUUUAACUGUAUCUUUAUAUACUAUUUUGUAUUAUGAAAUUGACAUUGACUGUUCAUUUAUGUGUAGGCCUAUUUAUUUAUUUACUGUAACAUUUAGUUAAAAGACAGUAACUUAACUUUUAAAUACUUUUUUUUUAUUUAAAAAAAAGCAACUAUUUGAUAGUUGACAUUCAUUUGGAUUUUUCUUAAUGAUAUUUUUGCAAAUUGCAUUUCCACUAAAUUCUUAUGCUCUGCCUUUAUUUUUCUUUGGCAAGAUGUGAGUAUAUUUUUUUUCUAUUUCUAUUUUUUUUUGUAUGGUUGUGUUCCUGUAAGAAUGAUAUCAAAUCUUAAGGAAAUGACAUGUUGUUGUGGCAUUGUUUCACUAUACACUUUGUGCUUACUUUUUGCCAAAUAUGUGAAAUGGAGUUUAUUGAACAAGAUCACUUAUUUGUUGCAUCUUGUCCCAAACAUAAUCAUGUUUUUUUGUUUUUUUUUUAAGGCAGUCAAUCUGCAGUUUCUGAAUUGGCUGCUUUAUGAUCAUUGUGUGUGUCACAAAUAGACCAUUUAUCACAUUGCUCAUCAAAACUGAAAUUAGUGACUGAUAUUUUGUUGUACGUGUUGGUACUAUAGAUGACACCCGUACAACUGUUUCACUUUGUAUUUCUUAGUUUAAGCUUACUGAAAAUGAUAUAUAUAUAUAAAUGCUGAGAAAAAAACUUGUUGUUACUUAAAUAGAAAUAUUAGUGUCCAUGUUGUUUCUUUACAACUGCCUCCCCCUCCCUCUCCAAUAGGUCAAGAGUUGAAAUCUGUAGUGCAUAAAUAUAGUUCAGAUCUUCAAGAAGAUGCAAUAAUCUGUAUUGCAGGUGUGAGACUCAACAGUGUAUGAAUAGGAUGUCUUAGCUGUAGUAGUGCACUUGGCUAUUAAACCCAUAGUUAUGUGUUCACAUCCAAAUGGGGAUUUGUGGCUUAGCAGAGUCAAACCAGUUUACUUGAUAAAUGAGUUAGAAAAUAGUCAAUCCUUUUGUCCACCCAAUGCCUGUACCUAGUAUAACCAUUGAUCUCUUGUUCACUAGACUCAUGAAGCAUCAUAUAUGUACUGAAAAGGACCAAGCUUAAGUAAGAGCACUUUAGAAAAAGGACAGUAUAUCAAUUGUUUAUGCAUUUUUUUUCAUAUAACUUCAAAAUAAUAAUAGUUAUUCAAAUUUGCCUGUAAAGAAUCUUUUUAAAUGGGAAACAAAUAUGCAUUGUAGUUGGGUUUUUUUAUUUAUACCAAUAUUUAUCUGUACCUUUUUUUU